AACAAAUUAAUUGGAGUGUUGCUCGAUCAAAACAAAGUUUAAUUGAAGAAUUAAAACGUGCUGUUAAAAAAAUUAGGCCAGAAAUAGUUUUACAAAGUUGUGAAAGUUGGACGAAGCGAUUGCACCGAUAUAUUCAACAAAUACGUCAGGCAUUUGAAUGGGUUGAAUUAUAUUUUGAAAAAGUUUUGUUUACUGACGAUGGUAGUUUCCAUUCAACGUGUAUUGAAACAGUUACACCAGAUAAAUUAGUUAUGAAUUUAGCUACAUCACUGAAGUUUUUAAGUAGUGAUGAAGAUGGUCCUAUGACGAAAAUGUACUUUUUCGAUCCAAAAUCAAAAGAAGCAAAAUAA